CUUCUUCCUGAGAAAGCCAGCCACCCAAAACGGUCAACAAGAUGCUUUGCCUUCGCUGUGGUUUGAACAACGUUGCACUAACGAGUUGUUUUAGUAAAAGGCUACGUACAGUAUGAGGUAAUACAUGCUACAGACUACUGAUAGUGUACAUUAUCUCAGGAAGCAAGUAUCUAGAUAGGUGUUAUUGUCAGAAAUAUGAUUUUACUGACUUCGUUUAUGUUCGUAAUGUUUUGACAGAAGCUGCAAGUCAACGUUUGUCUUGACUGGCUGGCUAACUGGUAGCUAAUGCCGGUGCAUUCAAAUCUAGAGGCGAUGCUUCGAGAAGGCCGCAAACAUAUUACAGCAUGCUAAAAAAACAAUUGUACUAUACAUCAAAAGAAUACACAAAUUGAAGAAAAAAACUUACAAACAUGACUUCCGAUUUCCCAUUAAGAGACGGCAUUUUUGUUUUUAAAACCCGCAGCUCCAGAAGUUCCUAAAAAUGUCUGUAUUAUUGUUGCAAAACUUCCUGGCUCCUCCAACGUGUUCCGAACGUAAAAUAAACCCCGCCCUUUUGGAAAUAUCAUUGGUUAGUAAAACGGUCACACAACAGAAUGUCCAAUCAUUUGCCAAAUAUACAAAAUCUUAUUUUUAUCCCUCCAGCCCAGGAGGUGGCGAGCUAAUCGCAAGACAUAUAUAUUCUGGCACCGCUAUUGGCCAAAACUGAAGGUGAAAGGUUUCCAAAUGCCACGUCAAUCAAAACACAUACAACAGUCUAGCUAGCGUUAGCAGCUUCAUUAAAAUGUCUAAAAUCCAAUUGUUGAGAGUGUUUUUCAACCAGCGUUUAACAGCAGCUGCUGAGGAGAUAUUUGGGGCUGUUGAAAAAACAAUAGCAGAGUACCAGGAAGAAGUCUGCCGUUCGAAAGAGGUGAACGACCGUCUGCAGAGGCAGCUAGAGAUCGCACUGAAAUCACCAGAUAUACAUAACGAUAACACGACAGACAUCCAGCAGUUAUCGCUCACUGUCUUCGAAGAGGGUGGCCAUCCCGAGCAACAGCGUUGUGAGGAGAAGUGGAGCCCCGGUCUGAGUCGAGAAGACCCAGAAGAGCCUGCACAUAUUAAAGAGGAACAACAGGAGCAACUGCGGAGCAACCAGGAGGAGACGUUUCAUGUUGAGUACAUCAGUAGUAAAGACUGUGUUAGCAGUGACUAUGGUCACAUGAAAGACACUUGUCCACCCUCACAUCUGUACCUAAUACAAAAUGAGGAAUAUGGACAGGACAUAGCAAGCACCUCUUCAGAACAGAUUAAAACAGAGCCUGAUGGAGGCUAUGGAUUUUCAGACCCAACCAGUGACCCUCGGCUCCUCUCCGCAGUAAACCCAGGCGGCUUUCCGAGCCCGACGGAAUUCAGCGAAGGUGUCAGUGUAAAGGAAAAAGAACCCUGGGUAAGGUUGAAGCCACUCAAAUCAAAGAGAGCCCAGAAAUCAACAACAGGGCAGAAGUCCGGUGGCAUCUGGAAGAAUGGAAGGAAAUUCACAGAGUUACUGCCCCAUUUGGACCCAAACGGCCAAACCCUUCCAGCUCCCUGCUGGUGCGGCCUGUGUGGGGAGAAAUUUGACUCUGUGGUGUUUUUAAUAAAACACACGCAAGAACACCCGGAUGACCCCGGCCCAGAUUGUCUCUGCGGUGUGUGUGGAAAACAUUUAGAGUCCCGAUUAACUCUCACGGAACAUUUGCAGACACACAUGAAAAACCUAUUCUGUCACUUCUGUGGUCAGUGUUUCAACUGGACCAGCAAUCUAAAACGGCACAUGAUGAUCCACACCGGAGAGAGACCGUAUCGGUGUGGCGACUGUGGCAAAGGCUUCAGGUCCAGCGAUUGUCUGACGAAGCACCGGAGGAUUCACACCGGGGACAAACCGUUUCCCUGCCCCGUUUGUCGCCGCGGUUUCAACAGGCGUGAUAACCUGAAAGUGCACAUGAGGAUUCACACAGGGGAGAGACCGUACAUUUGCCCUGAAUGCUAUAAAUGUUUUGCCACAUUGACCUCGCUGAAUAAACACCAGACGAUGCACAACGAGGAACGACCCUAUGCCUGCACUGACUGUGGCACACGCUUCAAAGCGCUCGAAUCCCAAAAAAGGCACAUGAAGAGUGUUCACAACAAGAAGGAGAAUACAACAUGACACACUGGUGUGAAAGAUGAUUGAUACACGUUGUUUUCUUUAAAUGCUAUAUUUGAGAGGGAAGAUGAGGGAGAGGGUUUUUGCAGAAGUAGCGGUGGGUCAGAUUUGCACCGGUGCUUCUGUGUUCCAUAGGCACUGCCGGCAGCGGCUUAGACCACUGGACCACCCUAGCCCUAGAGGAACAUUCUAAACAUACUGUAACUACCCCUGGAUAGGAGGCAGAGUCCUUCUGGAGAAACCACUGCUAAGUCUGUGGAAUCGGUGCGCUAGUUAGAUACUUGUCCAUUCAUGGAAUUCAUUUGCAAACUGAAAGAAAGCACCAAAGUUUCUUUACGUAACCGUGGUUCUAUUAAGCAGCUCAUUCUGUACUUUGAGUGCCAAGCUAUGUUAAAAAAAUUAUAAUACACUCAGUGAUACAUUCAAUUGGCUGCUGGGCUGAUGAGAGGGCUAUACUACGAAGGGAGUUCAACCUACUCAGUCUUAACUCUGGGUUAUCAAUGAAAGUCAGGGUUGACAAACUCAGAUUGCCUAAAUUGGUGUUAAAUGGUACUACAACGGUGAUUAAGGUGUUUGUUAGUUGAAUGUGUGUUAACUUAAUUGGAGUUUGUGUGCGUUUGCCGAAAAGGGGCACGCUCGGUAACGCUGGCUGUUUUUGCACAAUGGCUCGUCCUCCCUAUUCUUCCCCCGGAAGAAUUAACGUUUAUAAUGUAAGGAUAUGAGGACUUUAAAGAAAGGUUAACGGCCAAAUCUAACACUGUGGCGGCCAACAAGGCCAGGGAGGUUUUUUUGGCAGCACAUUGCCGACCUUGUGGAAGCAGUGUUCUUGUCAUAUGUUCUCUAUUUGGGCUUACAGACUCUUCUUUUAUUUGUAGUAUGAUUGAGAUGUAAGGACAAGUAAAAUAGUCUAUCUUAAUAUGUGAAAACCAUUAGGAUAAUUCAGUUACGACCUACACAUGGGCUACACCUCUGAAAUUGACCCUUUGAAUUUCAUGCUACCUGUAUGAAUUUCAUGAUCAAAUACCUUAAGAUUAAUGCUGUGAAAUGACUUCCUAUUGACAUACCCACCAUCAUGUUCUCCCAGGUGCGCUCUAAUGGGGAUAUGUGUACAGUCAUUCACACAAUCACUCUUGGGAUUCCUAUGGAGAAAAACAAAUGUGUGUGUGUAGGCUAGGCCCAGCCUAUGCAUUUUAAGAAUAGACAAAGUAUUUUGUUUUAAUUAUUUGCGAUCGCAUUAAAAGCAUACUUGAUCUUUAGAACGCUUAAAUGGGAACACCACAAAUGCAUCAAGCAGUUUAGUGAGAGCAAGUAGACUACCACCUUGCGAACUGCACGCCAUAGCCUACUGUAUUCUUGCUCAGAUGUUCAGCAUCACCAAUGGAAUACAUGAAAUGUCAGCUGGCAAAAUAUCACAAAGCAAGGUUCAACAGUUAGGGCAUUAGCCUACUCCGGCUAGUGGCAUUGGAGACGUCUGGCCCUAGAAGCCUGCAAAUAUACAGAAUUCAAUUAGAUGUGAAUCAUUAUUAGAGAACAUCACCGGGGUAACCUAGAGUUACACGGCCUCUAAACACCUUCACCUUCAGAGUAUGGCUCCCACAAUCCGUGCGACAAUGAUGAUUGGGUCUUCCAAAUGUGCAAGCCUUUUUGUGGGUAGAAGGGCAGUGCUUAUGUUGGGUAACAUCAAAUUAAACAUGAAGAUAACCUGUUUGGAGCAGUUUAGAGAUGCAGCGUAAAUUGCCAUGACAGUAAACCUCGGGUAAAACAUAUCCAUCUUUCCUUGUACGGGUUUAUAAGGAAGUUACACCAGACAUCACCAAGUUACUCCAGAAGUUACCUUGAUAAGGUAACCUUGAUAAGGUUGAGUUUGCACCUUGAUGUUCAAACUCAACCACAUGUACAUGGAUUGAUUCCUAAGGUUGACCUGGUGUGAUGGGACUUUAAAUAAUCUUCUCAACAUGCAGAAUAAAGAUUUUUGUCUUCAAACUA